AAAGUUUUUGAAAAUAAUGGGAUGAAACAGCGGCUAAGCAAUGUUGUCAAAAUAAACGAGAUGCGAUUUCCGUUUAAAACCAAUAAUCACAAAAUCCAGGUAUAUACAUCCCUGAUAAGAACACCUUUUUCCGACCGAGGCUUGAGAUUUUCAGAUUUUAGAACUUGAAAGCUGAAUCCCAAAAAUUCAAGAAGAAAAUGGAGAGCUUAACCGAGGGAGUUAACAAUAUCAAUAUUUCUUCAUCUGAAUCGCAAAAGAAGAACAGAAUCCAAGUCUCCAACACCAAGAAAUCCCUCUUUUUCUAUGUCAAUCUCUCUAAGAGGUACAUGCAGCAAUACAAUGAAGUGGAACUCUGUGGCCUUGGCAUGGCUAUUUCCACAGUGGUCAGUAUUGCUGAAAUUUUGAAGAACAAUGGAUUUGCUGUUGAAAAAAAAAUCAGGACAUUGACUGUAGACAUGAGGGAUGAACCUGGGGCACGGCCAAUCCCCAAGGCGAAGAUUGAGAUAUUACUAGUGAAGACGGAGAACUUUGAUGAAUUGAUGGCCGCUGAAGCAGAGGAAAGAGAAUAUGGAGUCUACGAACAAAAUUGACAAGGAUACUUCUGAAGUCUGGUCCAAGGCUCGUCUCCUUUUAUCUGUCUGAAUUGAGUACUAGUGUCUAGUAGUGAGGCAAAUAACUUAACAUAUCGUUGUACUUUAUUUUCACUUUGUGGGUUUGUCAGGUUAUUGAUUAGUUCUGUAAAGAACAAAAACUUCGACGAAGUUCAUAUGUUUACAGCGUUUGAUAUGUUAUUUUGGAAUUACACCUUAAAUUAAAAUCAAGAUCCAGGGUUCAA